GUCGUUGCUGUGCUGACGGCUGCAAGUGCUGUGACGCCUGUGCCAAGGGUGGUGAAUGCACCUGUGAGAAGUGUACCUGCUGCUGCUGCUGCCAGUCCAAGGCCAAGUCCUGCUGCUGUGCCGGAGGCUGCAAGUGCUGUGACGCCUGUGCCAAGGGUGGUGAAUGUACCUGUGAGAAGUGUACCUGCUGCUGCUGCUGCCAGUCCAAGGCCAAGUCCCGCUGCUGUGCCGGUGGCUGCAAGUGCUGUGAAGCCUGUGCCAAGGGUGGUGAAUGUACCUGUGAGAAGUGUACCUGCUGCUGCUGCUGCAAGUCCAAGGCCAAGUCCUGCUGCUGUGCCGGUGGCUGCAAGUGCUGCGACGCCUGUGCCAAGGGUGGUGAAUGCACCUGUGAGAAGUGUACCUGCUGCUGCUGCUGCAAGUCCAAGGCCAAGUCCUGCUGCUGUGCUGGUGGCUGCAAGUGCUGCGACGCCUGUGCCAAGGGUGGUGAAUGCACCUGUGAGAAGUGUACCUGCUGCUGCUGCUGCCAGUCCAAGGCCAAGUCCUGCUGCUGUGCCGGAGGCUGCAAGUGCUGUGACGCCUGUGCCAAGGGUGGUGAAUGCACCUGUGAGAAGUGUACCUGCUGCUGCUGCUGCCAGUCCAAGGCAAAGUCCUGCUGCUGUGCUGACGGCUGCAAGUGCUGUGACGCCUGUGCCAAGGGUGGUGAAUGCACCUGUGAGAAGUGUACCUGCUGCUGCUGCUGCAAGUCCAAGGCAAAGUCCUGCUGCUGUGCUGACGGCUGCAAGUGCUGUGAAGCCUGUGCCAAGGGUGGUGAAUGUACCUGUGAGAAGUGUACCUGCUGCUGCUGCUGCAAGUCAAAGGCCAAGUCGAGCUGCUGUGCCGGUGGCUGCAAGUGCUGCGACGCCUGUGCCAAGGGUGGUGAAUGCACCUGUGAGAAGUGUACCUGCUGCUGCUGCUGCAAGUCAAAGGCCAAGUCCUGCUGCUGUGCCGGAGGCUGCAAGUGCUGUGACGCCUGUGCCAAGGGUGGUGAAUGCACCUGUGAGAAGUGUACCUGCUGCUGCUGCUGCAAGUCCAAGGCAAAGUCCUGCUGCUGUGCUGGUGGCUGCAAGUGCUGCGACGCCUGUGCCAAGGGUGGUGAAUGCACCUGUGAGAAGUGUACCUGCUGCUGCUGCUGCCAGUCCAAGGCAAAGUCCUGCUGCUGUGCUGACGGCUGCAAAUGCUGUGACGCCUGUGCCAAGGGUGGUGAAUGCACCUGUGAGAAGUGUACCUGCUGCUGCUGCUGCAAGUCAAAGGCCAAGUCCUGCUGCUGUGCCGGAGGCUGCAAGUGCUGUGACGCCUGUGCCAAGGGUGGUGAAUGUACCUGUGAGAAGUGUACCUGCUGCUGCUGCUGCCAGUCCAAGGCGAAGUCCUGCUGCUGUGCUGACGGCUGCAAAUGCUGUGACGCCUGUGCCAAGGGUGGUGAAUGCACCUGUGAGAAGUGUGCCUGCUGUUGCUGCUGCAAGUCCAAGGCAAAGUCCUGCUGCUGUGCCGAUGGCUGCAAGUGCUGUGACGCCUGUGCCAAGGGUGGUGAAUGCACCUGUGAGAAGUGUACCUGCUGCUGCUGCUGCAAGUCCAAGGCCAAGUCCUGCUGCUGUGCCGGUGGCUGCAAGUGCUGUGACGCCUGUGCCAAGGGUGGUGAAUGUACCUGUGAGAAGUGUACCUGCUGCUGCUGCUGCCAGUCCAAGGCGAAGUCCUGCUGCUGUGCUGACGGCUGCAAAUGCUGUGACGCCUGUGCCAAGGGUGGUGAAUGCACCUGUGAGAAGUGUGCCUGCUGCUGCUGCUGCAAGUCCAAGGCAAAGUCCUGCUGCUGUGCCGAUGGCUGCAAGUGCUGUGACGCCUGUGCCAAGGGUGGUGAAUGCACCUGUGAGAAGUGUACCUGCUGCUGCUGCUGCAAGUCCAAGGCCAAGUCCUGCUGCUGUGCCGGUGGCUGCAAGUGCUGUGACGCCUGUGCCAAGGGUGGUGAAUGUACCUGUGAGAAGUGUACCUGCUGCUGCUGCUGCAAGUCCAAGGCCAAGUCCUGCUGCUGUGCCGGUGGCUGCAAGUGCUGUGAAGCCUGUGCCAAGGGUGGUGAAUGCACCUGUGAGAAGUGUACCUGCUGCUGCUGCUGCAAGUCCAAGGCAAAGUCCUGCUGCUGUGCCGAUGGCUGCAAGUGCUGCGACGCCUGUGCCAAGGGUGGUGAAUGCACCUGUGAGAAGUGUACCUGCUGCUGCUGCUGCAAGUCCAAGGCAAAGUCCUGCUGCUGUGCCGGAGGCUGCAAGUGCUGUGACGCCUGUGCCAAGGGUGGUGAAUGUACCUGUGAGAAGUGUACCUGCUGCUGCUGCUGCCAGUCCAAGGCAAAGUCCUGCUGCUGUGCCGGUGGCUGCAAGUGCUGUGAAGCCUGUGCCAAGGGUGGUGAAUGUACCUGUGAGAAGUGUACCUGCUGCUGCUGCUGCCAGUCCAAGGCAAAGUCCUGCUGCUGUGCCGGUGGCUGCAAGUGCUGUGAAGCCUGUGCCAAGGGUGGUGAAUGCACCUGUGAGAAGUGUACCUGCUGCUGCUGCUGCAAGUCCAAGGCCAAGUCCAGCUGCUGUGCCGGUGGCUGCAAGUGCUGUGAAGCCUGUGCCAAGGGUGGUGAAUGUACCUGUGAGAAGUGUACCUGCUGCUGCUGCUGCUGCAAGUCGUCCGGUGCAAGCUGUGGCAAGGCUGGUCAGUAAAGGAUGCUGUUAAAUAUUGAAGUUCCUUUUUGUGACCCUUGAUUAUAGCAGUGCAUGGUGUGUUGGCAGUAUAGUAUUGUAAUUUUUAUGAUUUAAGAGUAUCUCCUUUGAAUAAUACAACUUUCGAAUAGGCGAAGUGAUGGACGUUAAAAAGCCGUUUCAUUGUUCAAAAUACAUAUUUCACAAAAAUUCAUACGUUUUUGAAAAUGAAUAAAUGAAAUUGAAUGAAAUAAUCUAACUGACUAGUUUCUCAAUAAUUAACCUGACUCAGCACUCUCUAUUAUUGAGAACUUGUGACCUUUAUUUAGUAAACAUUUAAGUAGCCUAGUUGUUCACCGUGACAGUGACGAACACCGGGAUACAGCUAGUGUGAAGUAUAUUUCUCAGUACUUUCUAUUCAGCCGCCAGUAUAUGUAUAAGUAAUAAUUUUCAGCUAUUUGUUAUAUAUGAAUUAACAGUUGUGAAUACGGGCCACUUGUGUCUGAAAACUUACUGAUAGCGCAAUGUACAUGUACAUACAUGCAUUAUCCUAGACACUAAUACCAACCGAGACCGUAACAUUUAACUUGUAGGCCUACACCUAUUUCUUGAUUACCUUUGGUAUCAUGAUACCGGUAUUGCUAAAGCCUUAAGCUAUCAUUCUUGUCAAUAUUCUCACUGAUACAUGUGAAAUAUAUUACUGAUUAUGUUAGCAAUCUUUAACCUACCCAAUAUGUAUAUUUUCAAACUGAUAUCGGAAAUACACUCAUUGCUUGAAGUAAAAAUGGA